GUGUUUAGACCUUAAUAAUAGUUUAAGUAAAUUAUAUUUAAUAGUUAAGAAAUGAAACUUUCUCUUUUAACUAAUACUACAUUAAUUAAACUUUUUUAUAUUUUUUGAACUAAUUAUGAAAUUUAAUAAUAAAGAGUUAACAGAGAUAUAUUUUGGUCCAUCUGAUUUAGAAGGUCGUUUACAACACAAAAGAGCUCAUAAAUCAGGUAUUAAAGAAAGAUGGUUUAAAUUGCGAUAUAAUUUUCUUUUUUAUAAUAAUAUUAAUGAAAUGGGUCAAAUGGAUAAAUUGCUUCCAUCUGGAGUUAUAAUUUUAGAAAAUUAUAAUGUACAUGGUGAUGUUAUGCGUGAUAGCUAUUUUGCUUUUAGUAUUGAUUUUAGAAAUGAGCCUCAUAAAUGUCACAUAUUGAGAAGUCGAUCAGAAUCUUACAUAGAACAUUGGAUGGAAGCUAUUAAACAAGCUAGCUAUGGAUAUUGGCGAUCUCGACUAAUACUUCUACAGCAAAUUUUAUGUGAGAAAACAGGAGAAGAUCCAUUAUUAAUGUAUCCAAGAAAUAAAGGUAUUAUAAGAGAUGAAGCAUGGGAAUUUAAACCAAGUUUUAGAUCACAUAUCAAAUCUUUUACACUAUCUGCUUCAACAUCUACAAUUGAAUUUGUAAAAAAUGAAGAAAACCUCAUUGAUUUUAUAUAAUAAAAUUAAUAAAUCUC